GAGAGAGAGAGAGAGAGAGAGAAAGAGAGAGAAAUGAGGGAGGUUUGAGAGCUCAAUGGGCAAACACAGUGUCCUGAUGUGCUGGUGCACGCUGUUUCUCUGGCAAGUUUUUGUAACACUACGGGAUUCUUUGAAAUUUGUGCAGAAGUUUCCUCUGCUGAAGUUUUAGCCACCACUUGUCUUCAUUUACCAUCUCUUAAGUUUACCCCGUCGCAGAGUGUCUCAGAGGACGAGCAGUUUGUGGAGGGGAUCCAAGAUUCUUGUAACUUUUCUCCUGGCCACAUCCUGUUCAAACACAUCUCUCUUCUCGUCCUCUGUCUGUCUUCGCUGCCUGCUCUUAUUCCUUCUUGCUCAGCAGAUACAUUACAGUCUCACCCCCUCCAUACACACACCUCCCCUCAUCCUGGCCCCUUUCUCCUCUUUUAGCUCUGCUCUCCUGCUCGCUGUCUGCUUUACCUGUCCAAGAAGGACAAUCCCGUUUUUUGUCAGAUUUGUCCCACACCAUCACUGCAUCACGCCCUCGCUCCCCUAAUCUUUCUCUUCCCCUAAUGGGCGCCAUAUCAGACAGCAGUGCCACAUUCCCUUCAUCGUCACUGAGAACCUCUCUCCACCCCUAACCGCCUUGCCAACACCAACAUCAACACGACCCAAUGGAGACAAAAGAUAUGAUGAUGACAAGCAUGUUGACAAUGGACAAAGGGGAGAAUGAGGGAGAGAGGGACAAAGCGAGAGAGGAGGUCGGGGGAGAAGAGGAGGGGACACAGCAGGAAAAUGGCAGACUGAUGCUGGCUGACGGUCUUGCAGAGAAAGGACUCAAGAGCCUGAACUCUAGCUCUGGACAACAGGUGUCCAAUGGCUUCACCACUUCCACCCCUCAAAGCCCCAAGGAGGGUCCAGGGACUGAAGCGAGCUCUGCAGGUACAGCCUCUGGAGGAGUCACAGGGUCCUCUGUGCCGCUGGGAGGCCUCAGGACUCUGGUGGUCCAACAAACCAGCUUGGAGAGGCCCAGAGAAACCUGGAGCAAGAAGAUGGACUUCUUGCUCUCUGUGAUCGGCUACGCCGUGGACCUGGGAAAUGUCUGGCGCUUUCCUUACAUCUGCUACCAAAAUGGAGGAGGUGCCUUUUUGCUGCCCUACCUGUUGAUGGCAGUGUUCGGAGGUGUCCCUCUCUUCUACAUGGAGCUGGCUCUUGGCCAGUUUCACCGUAGCGGCUGCAUCUCAAUCUGGAAACACAUCUGCCCCAUCUUCAAAGGGAUCGGCUUUGCAAUCUGCAUCAUAGCCCUCUACAUAGCCUUCUACUACAACACAAUCAUGGCCUGGGCCUUGUACUACCUACUGUCGUCAUUUCGCCCCACCCUGCCCUGGACCACCUGCACCAACAGCUGGAACACCGCCAACUGUAACCGUUACAUGUCCACCGACCACAAUGUGUCGUGGUCCAACUCCUCAACCUCCCCCGCCGAGGAGUUCUAUACUCGCCAGGUGUUGCAGGUCCACCUCUCACCAGGUCUGCACCAGCUGGGUUCUGUCAGCUGGCAGCUGGCCCUCUGCCUGCUCUUCAUCUUCACCAUCGUCUACUUCAGCAUCUGGAAAGGAGUCAAGACGUCUGGAAAGGUAGUUUGGGUGACGGCUACCUUUCCCUACCUGGUCCUCCUGGUGUUGCUCAUCCGUGGGGCUACUCUGCCAGGGGCCUGGAGGGGCGUGGUCUUCUAUCUCAAACCUGACUGGGAGAAACUGCUUAGCACAACAGUGUGGAUUGAUGCAGCCGCUCAGAUCUUCUUCUCACUCGGUCCAGGAUUCGGCGUACUCCUUGCCUUUGCCAGCUACAACCCUUUUCACAACAACUGCUACAAAGAUGCUCUGGUUACUAGCUCUGUGAACUGUCUGACUAGUUUUCUGUCGGGCUUUGUCAUCUUCACCGUGCUGGGUUACAUGGCUGAGAUGAGGCACCAGGAUGUGGGUGCUGUGGCCAAGGAUGCUGGCCCCAGUCUGCUGUUCAUCAUUUAUGCAGAAGCCAUAGCAAAUAUGCCUGCUGCUACUUUCUUUUCCAUCAUCUUCUUCCUGAUGAUCAUUAUGUUGGGUCUGGACAGCACGUUUGCAGGAUUGGAGGGAGUGAUCACAGCUAUGCUAGAUGAAUUCCCUCAUGUCCUGGUUAAGAGAAGAGAGUGGUUUGUUUUCGGCCUAGUGUGCGUCUGCUACCUUGGAGCUCUUUCUACCCUCACUUAUGGGGGAGCAUUUGUGGUGAAGCUGUUUGAGGAGUACGCUACAGGCCCUGCAGUCAUCACUGUGGUCCUGCUUGAAGUCAUCGCCGUUUCCUGGUUCUACGGUACCAACCGUUUCUGUAAUGACAUCCAGGUCAUGCUUGGUUUCUCCCCUGGCUUUUUCUGGAGGGUCUGCUGGGUGGCCAUCUGCCCCUGCUUUCUGCUGUUCAUCAUCAUCAGCUUCCUCGCCUUCCCUCCAGAGGUCAGGUUGUUCCACUAUCAGUACCCACCUUGGACCACUGUCCUUGGCUACUGCAUCGGGGUUUCCUCCUUCAUCUGUGUGCCUGCUUAUAUGGUCUACCACUUGCUCAAUGCCAAGGGCACAUUCAAGCAGCGUCUGUUGAAGAGCAUCACUCCAGAGCCCAGCGGUGAGCAACACAGAGACUUCAUUGACACCAACGCAAUCUGACCGAACUCUGACCAGAGGAAGGUGCCACUUUAGCUGCAGAGCUAUGGCGCACCCUCUUCUGGACAAACUGCAAAACUACAGGACAAGGGGGCUACCUUUCACCAUCUUUGCCUCUUUUCAUUACAUUUCCUUCACUUGUGUUAGCUGUCUCACACCAAGAUGCAGAGAUAGAGGUGGAGCCAGGCUGCAGUAGCUUUCUCUUAGCUUGGUUUAGUUUGGUUCCUUGUGGUUAUGUUUUGAACAAGGUCUCUGGUGUUACUUAAAAAACCCAGAACUUUUUUUUUUUCCCUCUUAGAAAUGUCACCUGAAUCAUUAAGCGACCGACCUUUCUUCAGGGUUAUACAGUUGUAACAAAUAUUUUAUACAGCUAUGUAGUAUAAUAAGUAUAAUACAAUCCAUGUAGACCGUAAACUGAAGACACUGCACAUAGAAAUGAGCUGGAGAAGACCAGAUAGUUACAUUUCAAUCCCCUCUCACUGUUUGUGGUUGUACUUUCAUAUUAAGCUGUUAAGUUAUGCAUUCUUAAAUGUAGCAAAAUUCAGGUAUCUUUUUACAUCUGUUACUGAAGCCAAAUAUAUGACAUCUGUUCAUAUUUCUAAAGAUGUUUCAAUAUUGUACUCGUCGUUUUGUUGUGUUCACUGUCAGCCUGUGUUUAUUUGGUGACAUCUUGGACAAACGACGGAUUUGCAAUGAGUUCCCUACACUGUGAAGCACUGUGUGGAAGUGUCAUGAAUGUGUGUUUCUGCGUGUGUGUGUGUGUGUGUGUGUGUAUAAGUGUAUUAAAAAGAAAGACUGUUAUAAUGUUCAGUGGAAAAAAAUGGAUCACAGACAGAACCAAUCAAGUGUAUUCUUUCUAUAACUGCAAUAUGAGAUGUUUAUUUAUUUUAUAAUGUAUCAUUGCUGUUGUUUUGACCUCCCACACCUCACUAUGACACCCAUUACACGGCAUAGUGCUGAUGAUCUGUUAGUGACGUUCUGUUGUCAUACUGUCAGUAAUAGAAACCAAAUAUGGAUCAGAGCUAAUAACAUUAUCAAUGGCAUAGUUUUAAAAAAAAUCAGCGUUACUGCUCUUUACUUUCAACCAAAAACUGGUGUGUGUGUGUGUGUGUAUGUGCGCACAUGUGCCUGUGUGUGAGAGUGUGUGUAUCUGUGUGUAUGUAGGAGCAGGAGUUAAAAUAUGGCGAAUACUGUACAUCAUGUGUAUUUACUAGUCUGGUAUUGGUGUAAUCUAUCCUGUGAAUACCUGUCUCCUCUCUUCAUGGACAUUUGAAUGUGUGUGAAGGGCUCGAGUGUUCCGUGUGUGUGUGAGUGUGUUUGUGCACCUUGAUUAGUGUGUCGGUGCACGUAUGGGAUUAGAGUUGUUGAGCCCCUUUAUGUGUGCAUGCCGUGAUGUGUGUGUACAUUGUACUUCAGAUGUGUGUGUGUGAGUGUGUGUGAGUGUGUGUAUGUAAUGUUAUCUCCUGUUGUCUCGUCAACUGCCAAAAUAUAUUAUGAAGGAAGUAAACUCCCUGUUGCCUCUCUCUCUCUCUCUCUCUCUCUCUCUCUCUCUCGUACCUCUCAAGCUUAUGUAAGAUCUAUGUAUGUCAAUAAAAGACUGUAUUAAAAAAAAA